AGGCGGCCGCGCGCCGAGGCGCCUGCUCAGUGCGGGAGGCGGCGCGCGAGGGGCGGCGACGGCCGCGGGCGCUCAAGCAUGGCGGCAGCGGCGCUGGGCAGCUCUUCGGGCUCCGCGUCGCCGGCCGUGGCCGAGCUCUGCCAGAACACCCCAGAGACCUUUCUGGAGGCUUCCAAGCUGUUGCUCACCUACGCGGACAACAUCCUCAGAAAUCCUAACGAUGAAAAAUAUAGAUCUAUCCGGAUUGGAAACACAGCUUUUUCUACUAGACUCUUGCCCGUCAGAGGAGCCGUUGAAUGUUUAUUUGAAAUGGGCUUUGAAGAGGGAGAAACACAUCUUAUCUUUCCUAAAAAAGCUUCAGUGGAGCAGCUGCAAAAAAUUCGUGACCUGAUUGCCAUAGAGAGAAGUAGCAGAUUAGAUGGAUCAAAUAAGAGCCACAAAGUAGAAUUACCUCAGCAACCUGCAACCAGUACCCCGCUUCCUACAACACAGUCUUCAAAUCCUAAUGGGUUAACCCAGCAUGCAGGGAACAGUGAAGGGCAGUCAUCAAAUCCGCUGUCUGCUCCAAUGGUUACUGCUGAUUCAGUCAUUUUGAAAGUUCUUCAGUCCAACAUUCAGCAUGUGCUGGUGUAUGAGAACCUUGCUCUCCAGAAGAAAGCAUUGGCUUGUAUUCCAGUCCAAGAACUAAAAAGGAGAUCGCAAGAAAAUUUAUCUAGAGCUAGAAAAUUGGAUAAAGGUACUAAUGUAAGUGAAGAGGAUUUUCUUUUGCUGGAGCUUUUACACUGGUUUAAGGAAGAAUUUUUUCAAUGGGUGAAUGACAUUUUGUGCAGCAAAUGUGGUGGCCAGACUAAGUCUAGAGGUGAAUCAUUAUUCCCCAAUGAGGAUGAGCUGAAGUGGGGUGCGAACAGAGUAGAAGAUCAUUACUGUGAUGCAUGCCAGUUCAGCACUCGAUUCCCAAGGUAUAAUAACCCCGAGAAGCUUUUGGAAACAAGAUGUGGACGGUGUGGCGAGUGGGCCAAUUGUUUUACACUGUGCUGCCGAGCCUUAGGGUUUGAAGCUCGCUAUGUUUGGGAUUACACAGACCAUGUCUGGACGGAAGUCUUUUCUCCUUCUCAGCAGCGGUGGCUGCACUGUGAUGCAUGUGAAGCUGUCUGUGACAAACCACUCCUUUAUGAAAUAGGGUGGGGCAAGAAGCUUUCCUAUGUCAUAGCAUUUUCUAAAGAUGAGGUGGUUGAUGUCACUUGGCGAUAUUCUUGUAAACAUGAAGAGGUAAUCUCCAGAAGAACUAAGGUUAAAGAAGACUUACUUCGAGAAACUAUUAAUGGACUUAAUAAGCAGAGGCAAAUAUCUUUGUCAGAAAACAGAAGAAAAGAACUUCUCCAGAGGAUAAUUGUGGAGCUUGUUGAGUUUAUAUCUCCCAAAACCCCUAAACCUGGAGAACUUGGUGGAAGAAUAUCUGGGUCAGUGGCUUGGAGAGUAGCCCGAGGUGAAAUGGGUCUACAGAGAAAAGAAACCCUGUUCAUCCCCUCUGAAAAUGAGAAGAUUUCUAAAGAGCUCCACCUUUGUUAUAAUAUUGUGAAAGAUCAUUAUGUCCGAGUUUCAGAUAAUAAUCAAACCAUUUCUGGAUGGGAGAAUGGUGUGUGGAAAAUGGAAUCCAUAUUCAGAAAAGUUGAAACAGACUGGAACAUGGUGUAUUUAGCCCGACAGGAAGGAUCAUCUUACGCUUAUAUUUCCUGGAAGUUUGAGUGUGGGUCAGUUGGCCUAAAAGUAGAUGGCAUUUCCAUUAGAACAAGUAGUCAAACCUUUCAGACUGGAACAAUACAGUGGAAAUUGCGAUCUGAUACAGCAGAAGUAGAACUGACAGGCGAUAAAACUCUUCGCUCCUAUCAUGAUUUUUCUGGUGCCAGUGAAGUUAUUUUGGAAGCAGAAUUAAGCAAAGGAGAUGGUGUUCUUGCUUGGCAACACACACAGCUUUUUAGACAAAGCUUAAAUGACCAUGAAGAAAAUUGUUUGGAGAUAAUUGUAAAAUUCAGUGACCUUUGAGAACCUAAACAUUAUGGAAAAGCUGGCAAUAAUCAAGGACUUAACCAUGUUCUAAAGUAGUCUUUUGGUUCAGUGCAUGCUUAGUUGGCAAUUUACUGCCCUCUGCUAGCAUAUUUCUUUUGCUGGCUAUCCAUCAUGUAAUCCUCAUGAAAAUAUAUCUUUAUACUAUGGACCAUAAUGAAACCUGGAAUUAAAAGCUCCCUUCCAUAUGUGACUAUAAUUUGGAGUAAAGUCUUAUUGACCCAAUAUGCGAUUUUAAUCUAAAAACUGUAAGUAUAGUUUUAAAAGUAAAAUGAAGGUAUUCAUGAUUAAGUGCUAUUCAUCAUUAUGGUAAAAUCUUAUGCUAAUAAUAGUAAUUUGACAUUUUCUGAUCAGCCAUUAAUUUCUUCGUAAGUAAUUGAAUUAGAUUUCCUAAGAUUUUUAAUUUUUAAUAAAUGUGAAAGUGUAGUAUCUCAUAAGUUAUAAUGCAUGAAAAUUUUUAUGAUUGUAAAUACAUAGGCAUUUAAGAAAUAAAAUGAAUUAUUUUGCCUUA